AUGGGACGCUCCGAGGGGGUCUUGGGAAGGUUCCUCGCCUUUCUCUGGCUGGCCUCUCUGCUGGUGGUGGUCGACAGCCGCAAGCGAACGCCUCGGUGCCCCCCGUCUUGCACAUGCACCAAAGAUAACGCCUUGUGCUCCAACACGCGCUUGAUUCCCCGGAGCUUCCCGUCGGAUGUCAUCUCACUAUCGUUUGUGAAGUCCGGCUUCAGCGAAAUCCCCAAGGAGAGCUUCAUCCACACACCGGCGCUGCACCUCCUCCUGUUCACAGCCAAUAUGUUCGAUUCUAUAAAUGAGGAUGCCUUCCUUGGUCUUCCACAUCUGGAAUACCUGUUUAUUGAAAAUAAUCAGAUCAAAUCCAUAUCACCUUUCGCCUUCCGAGGCCUCAAGUCCCUAAUACACUUGAGCCUUGCCUACAACAACCUGGAGUCUCUACCAAAAGAUCUUUUUAAGGGAAUGGAAGCUUUGACAAAAGUGGACUUGAGAGGCAAUCUUUUCAGCUGUGACUGCAAACUGAAAUGGCUGGUGGACUGGAUUUACCACACAAACGCAACCGUAGACCAGAUAUACUGCAACAGUCCUCCUCCGUUUCAAGGAAAGAAAAUUAACGCUCUCAGUCAAAAGUCGUUUGAUUGCGUAACAACAGAUUUCUCAUUGCUGAAGUCUCUCGAAUUCCAGUCCAUUUCAGUGGAAACGUUCACCUUUGGUGGCGACCAGUAUGUGGUGUUUGCCCAGCCUUUCAUUGGCAGAUGUAGCUUUAUGGAAUGGGACCAUGUUCAAAUGGAAUUUCGGAAUUUUGACAAUAUAACAAGCACCUCAACAGUCACCUGCAAACCUCUGGUAAUCGACAACCAACUGUUCAUCAUAGUAGCGCAGCUCUUCGGCGGCUCACACAUCUACAAGAGAGACAUCUCUGCCAACAAAUUCAUCAAAAUUCAAGACAUCGACAUUCUGAAAAUACGAAAGCCCAAUGAUGUGGAGAUUUUCUUCGUGGACGGCGAGUCAUUCUUCAUCAUCGCUGACAGCUCUAAAGCUGGCUCCACCACUGUCUACAAGUGGAAUGGCAAUGGCUUCUACUCCCACCAGUCUUUGCACCCGUGGUACCGUGACACCGACGUGGAGUACCUGGAAAUCUCCAGCAAGCCGCACCUGAUCUUGUCCAGCAGCUCCCAGCGGCCGGUCAUCUACCAAUGGAACAAGGCCACCAAGCUGUUUGACCGCCGCACGGAUAUCCCAGAGAUGGAGGACGUUUAUGCAGUCAAACACUUCAAGGUCGACAACGAGCUGUACGUCUGCCUGACGCGCUUCAUCGGCGACUCCAAGGUGAUGAAGUGGGACGGGAACAUGUUCAAUGAGAUCCAGACCAUGCCAUCGCGGGGCUCCAUGGUCUUCCAGCCGUUUUCUGUGGAUACCCGGAAGUACGCCAUCCUGGGCAGCGACUACUCCUUCACCCAGGUCUACCGCUGGGACGCCAAGAAAGGCCAGUUCAUUCACUUCCAAGAGCUGAACAUCCAGGCUCCCCGAGCAUUCUCCCUGGUUUCCAUUGACAACCGGAAGUUCCUCCUCGCUUCCAGUUUCAAGGGGCAAACUCGGAUAUAUGAACACUUGAUCCUUGACUUAAGUGAUUGAAUGUGGGAAGGGGAGCAAUACCGAUAAAGCAGUGAUACUCUAUAGCUUGAGAACGGAGGACUUGGGUAGCAGACUACAUGCAUGACAAUGCCUUUCAGUAGGUAUAGCCAUCAGGAUGUCCACCAUCGCUUGAAAUGUCCAUCUUGUUAAGCCAUGCUCUAACACUUAACUCAGUGUACUCUUUUCUUCACUCUUAAGAUCCUGUAAGUGCAGAUUUUGGUGAUUGUUGUAAAUAGAGCUACUGAAGAAACACAUUUUAUUCUAUUUAUUAACCUAUUUCAAACAAGUAAAUCUGCCAAAUUAAGUGUUUACAGUUUUUCCAUCUCUUUCCAUUUGUAAACUGAAUCGAAUAUGUAUUAUGCGUUUUGUAAGAAGUAGGGCCGUGCUAGUAGAAGAAUUUGAUAUGAAGACAUUUUGAAAUACACGUUUUUAUUGAUAUUGGUUUGUAUGAUCUGUAAACCUCGAACAACGCAACUAAUGACACUGUUUUUCUUAACAAGAUCCAGUAACAGUUCGAUUCUGACUCACUUUUUCUCUUGAGUAGUGCUACUAUGACAUCGCUCUAAUGGACCAACACAUUCGCCACACAUGUAUGCAAUUCAUCAUGCCUGCAUUAUUUGGAAGCCAAAGGUCAAGACUGAAGCCAUGGUUUUAACUUUGAAUAAAAACUUAAUUCAA